GAGAGAGCAACCCCUGCGGUGGUGCCAGCGGAGCGGAGAGGCCGCCGCCCUCUCGCCCGCAUAAGUUUGACUCGGGAGCAGUACGGCAGCCCGGAGGGAACUGCGCAGAGAGCCGCCGAGCCCGGGACAGCCGCGGGACUGGAGUCGCUUCCAGCGAGCUGUUGAAGAGGGAACGCCGGAGGCGGGAGCCGCCCCGCCCACGCCAUGGCAGCGCGGUACCGGAGACCCUGGCUGAACGUGGUGGUGGGGCUGAUACUGGGAUUCACCGCUGCCUCCUGGCUCAUGGCCCCCAAAGUGACUGAGCUGAGCGAACAGAAGACGCGCGGCGCUCGCCUCUGUUCCUACCACGGCCGCUCGGUAGGACCGAAGGCGGCCAGCGGCGCGGCGGUACCGGGCGGGCAGCAGGCGCCUCCGCAGGCAGCAGCGGUGCUUGGAGGCACGAGUUUCAGGAGCAGUCCUUGGGAGCUGACGGCGGCGGAGGGCACAGUCUCCAGCCCUGCAGGCGGCCGGGAAGGGGAGCCAGAAGAAGAGGAUAGUGGCGAGAAGCGGAGCAGCCGACCCAGGGGCAGCUACAACGGGAGCGGGGACUGGGAAGACGCCCCGGGCUGCGUCAAGCUCCGCAACUUCCUCUAUGUGGGCGUGAUGACCGCCCAGAAGUACCUGGCCAGCCGAGCGGUAGCUGCACAGCGGACGUGGGUACAGUCGGUACCGGGCCGCGUUGAGUUCUUCUCCAGCCAGGGAUCCGCCGCGCCCCCCGGGUUUCCUCCGCUGCCCGUCGUUGCCCUGCCCGGCGUGGACGACUCUUACCCACCACAGAAGAAGUCCUUCAUGAUGAUCAAGUACAUGCAUGACCACUACCUCGACAAAUACGAGUGGUUCAUGCGAGCGGACGACGACGUCUACAUUAAAGGUGAAAAAUUGGAGGAGUUCCUUCGCUCACUGAACAGCAGUAAACCUCUGUAUUUGGGACAGACUGGUCUGGGUAAUGUUGAGGAACUUGGAAAACUCGGACUGGAGCCUGGAGAAAAUUUCUGCAUGGGAGGGCCAGGAAUGAUCUUCAGUCGGGAGGUUCUCAGGAGGAUGGUGCCUCAUAUAAGUGAAUGUCUUCAAGAAAUGUACACCACUCAUGAGGAUGUGGAGGUGGGCAGGUGUGUCAGAAGGUUUGGAGGAACUCAGUGUGUUUGGUCCUAUGAGAUGCAGCAGUUGUUUCACGAAAACUAUGAACACAGCCGCAAGGGCUACAUUCAAGAUCUUCACAACAGCAAGAUUCACACAGCCAUAACACUUCAUCCUAACAAAAGUCCAGCCUACCAAUACAGGCUGCACAAUUACAUACUGAGUCACAAAAUUUCUGAACUGCGGUAUCGGACCAUCCAGCUCCAUAGAGAAAGUGCCCUAAUGAGCAAGCUUAGUAACAGUGAAGUAAAUAAAGAAGAUCAGCAACUGGGGAUGAUGCCUUCUUUUAAUAAUUUUCAGCCACAUGAAAGGAAUGAAGUCCUUGAGUGGGAGUUCCUGACAGGAAAAUUUCUCUACUCAAUGGUGGAGAACCAGCCACCCCAGCAGAGCCUGAGUAGCAUCCUUCAGACUGCACUGGAUGACACCGUGAUGCAAAUCAUGGAAAUGAUAAAUGAGAACUCUAGAUCUAGAGGUAGGCUCAUUGAUUUCAAGGAAAUACAGUAUGGCUAUCGCAGGGUGGACCCUUUGCAUGGAGUGGAAUACAUCCUGGAUUUACUGCUUUUAUACAAAAGACACAGAGGAAGGAAAGUUACAGUUCCAGUCAGACGCCACACUUACCUUCAGCAAUUAUUUAGCAAACCUUUCUUCAAAGAAGGAGAGGAGCUGAAUGUAAGAAGCAUGCUGGAGGAGACCAAUACUGACACUCAGUCUUUUCUUUCAAAUUCCUUGAAGAUUUUUUCCUCAUCAUUUCAGGGCACCAAAGAUAUUGGGGAACACAGUGACAAGAAAAUACAUAUUCUUGUCCCCCUUGCAGGAAGAUUUGACGUUUUCUCAAGAUUUAUGGAUAACUUUGAGAAGACUUGUCUGAUACCUAGGCAGAAUGUAAAGUUGGCAAUAAUUCUGUUCAGUUCUGAGCUGGAUCAAGACUCCAGCAAACACAUAGACCUAAUAAAAGAAUACAAGGUUAGAUAUCCUAAGGCAGAUAUGACCCUAAUUCCAAUGGCAGGAAAGUUUUCUAGAGCUUUAGGUCUUGAAAUGGCCUCAUCUCACUUUGACAAUGGCACUUUGCUGCUGUUCUGUGAUGUUGAUAUGAUAUUCACACCAGGCUUCCUGCAGAGAUGCAGAGAUAACACUAUUCAGGGAGAACAGGUUUACUACCCUAUCAUCUUUAGUCAAUAUGAUCCAAAAGUAAUAUAUGGAGGCAACCCUCCAGCUGACAGUACUUUUGUCUUCACAAAGAGAACUGGAUUUUGGAGGGAGUAUGGAUUCGGAAUUACCUGUAUUUACAAAAGUGAUCUAUUUACUGCUGGUGGAUUUGAUACUUCAAUUCAAGGCUGGGGACUUGAGGAUGUAGACCUCUUCACCAAAGUGGUGAGAUCUGGCUUGAGAGCUUUCAGAAGUCAAGAAGUAGGAGUUGUCCAUAUUUUUCACCCAGUUCAGUGUGACCCUAGUUUACAUCCAAAACAAUAUAAAAUGUGCAUAGGGUCCAAAGCAAGUAUGUUUGCCUCUACUGUGCAGCUUGCUGAACUCUGGCUACAGAAACAUCUGGGUGUCAUGUACAAUAGAACUCUCUCUUGACACCUCAGCCUAUUUAGGCCUUUUUAGGGAAGUUUACCUCAUUAAUGUCAUUAUUGUUAUUAUUUGAUUUUGUUGUUGCAGUUUUAAUGUCCUUCCUUAUUGUCUUCCAAAGACUGUUGACCUCAAACAGGAUGUCUGCUGUUCACUGAUGUUUCUUAUACCUACUGAACUGGAGAGAUGGAUUCCUUCAUAUUUCCUUUAUUUGAAAUUCAGUCAAGUUGCAGUAUUCAUGUGAUCCCAUGGAGCACAUCCAUCAAAAGAGACUUCAUCAGAAUAUUUUCGUAUGGUUUUGGGAUGCAGUAUCAUCUUGUUGCAUUUCUCAGAUUUGAUGUGAUACAAAUACAAAUAUGUGCUGGUGAAGGUACCACAAAAGUGCUUUAUGCUUCUUCUGGGGAUGAAACUCUAUAAGAUAAACUUGAGUUU